UGCACUUUCCUUGGACGACUCCUCCAGCCACUCCCAAAGUGUUCGACUUUGUUUCGAUUGAGUCUCUCUUCCCUGUUCCCUCUUCCCGCUCUCUUCCUCAACCUCUUCCGAUGAACGGUUCGAUCAUCUCAUGGUUUCUUCUUGCGAUAUCCACCAUCUCCAUCUUCUCCGACGUUGCUGGGGCUUCAGCUCCAGCCCGGUGUCCCGGAGUCGACCAGAGAUCGCUCUUGCUCGAGCUGAGAAACAGCCUUGUCUUCAACACCUCCGCGUCGUCCAAGCUAGUACGGUGGGACCGAAGCGCUGAUUCAUGGAGCGGCGUGACGUGCAAGGACGGGCUCGUCGUGGGACUCGAUUUGAGCAGUGAGUCGAUCUCUGGCGGAAUCAACGGUUCGUCGAGCCUCUUCAGGCUCGAGUUCCUUCAAAGCCUGAACUUGGCGUUCAACGAUUUCAACUGCUCAGCGAUUCCGUCCGGCCUCGCGAAUCUCAGCCGCUUGGUACAUCUCAACUUGUCCAAUGCCAGAUUUGACGGGCAGAUUCCGGCGGAGCUAUCGCGCCUGACAAAGCUACGUACUCUUGAUCUCGCUAGCAUUUAUUACUCUGGAUCGAAUCUGCUGUUCCUUGAGAAGCCCUCUUUGAGGUCGCUGAUUGGGGAUUUGGGGGAGUUGAGAGAGCUGUACCUUGAUGGGGUCAAUGUGUCUGCUGAGGGAAGUGAGUGGUGCGACGCGUUGUCUUCUUCAGCGCCGAAACUUGAGGUGUUGAGCAUGUCUUACUGUUCUCUGUCUGGUCUUAUAGGCGCUUCUCUUAUGAGUCUGGCUAAUCUGUCGGUCAUUCAACUCAAUGGCAACAACUUGUCCACCACAGUUCCCAGUUUCUUAGCGAAUUUUUCCAGCUUGAAAACACUGCACCUAAGUGAUUGUGGCCUGCAGGGGGAAUUUCCUCAAAAAAUCUUCCAGGUACAAACACUUCAGACCCUUGACGUAUCAUCCAACAAGCUCCUUCGGGGUUCUUUGCCCGAUUUUCCGGAGGAUAGUUCUCUUGAGACACUGGUUUUGAGUGACACGAAUAUUUCCGGGAGGCUUCCAGAUUCAAUUGGUAAUCUCAGGAAUCUGUCAAGAAUAGAAUUGAGGCAAUGCAGCUUUGAUGGAAAUAUCCCAAGCUCUCUCACCAAUCUCUCACGACUGUCUUAUUUGGACUUGUCAGUCAACAAUUUUACGGGUUCAAUUCCAUCACUCUGCGAGUCCAAGAAUCUGACAAAUAUCAUUUUGUCCAACAACAGUCUGACUGGUCCGAUUGAUGCAACACAAUGGGAAUCCCUCUUGAGUCUUCUUAUUCUCUACCUGGAUUCCAAUUUACUUGAAGGAAAUAUUCCUUCAUCUCUGUUUACACAUCCAUCGAUUCAGGAGCUUCUACUUUCCAACAACCGAUUUUCUGGUCAAUUGAAGGGAUUUUUUAAUGCUCCAUUGCACAUGCUGAAAGCACUUGGUUUGAGCAAUAACAAUAUGGGAGGAGAACUACCGAUGUCUAUAUGGGAACUCCGAGGGCUCGUGUACCUCUCACUUUCUUCCAAUAAUUUCAGUGGCUCAUUCCACAUUAAUUUGGUUCAGCAGCUGAGAAAUCUUUCUUAUUUGGAUCUUUCCUACAAUGGUUUUUCCAUUGAUGCCACAAACACGGCUUCCCAAGCCUCUUCAUUCCCUGACCUUCAAGACUUAUAUUUGGCUUCCUGCCAGUUGACGACAUUGCCUCAGUUUUUGGCUAACCAGUCCGGAUUGAUCUUCCUCGACCUCUCCAACAAUUGUAUAAAAGGGGAUAUACCGAGAUGGAUAUGGACACUAGGAAAUCUUGAUUAUCUCAAUCUUUCCUCUAAUCUCUUUGAAGAUUUGGAAACACCUCUGGGCAAUCUUACUUUUGCUCUAAAUGUUGUCGACCUCCAUUUAAACAUGCUCCGGGGGAAUAUGCCACCCUUGCUGCCAUAUGCUUCAUACUUGGAUUUCUCAAGUAACAAAAUAAAUGCUGUUAUCCCGAAUGACAUCAACCUACUAUUCUUGAUGUUCUUCUCCCUUUCGAAGAAUAAUUUCCAUGGGUCCAUCCCGAAGUCAAUUUGCAAAGUUAAUCUUGAUGUGCUUGAUUUAUCGCAUAACCAUCUGAACGGAACUAUUCCUGAUUGUUUAAUAACGGCAUCCCUCAAGGUAUUGAAUUUGAGGAAUAACCAGUUGAGUGGCGAUAUUCCACAAAACAUCCCAGCAACAUGCGGUCUGAAGACAUUGGAUAUUAGUGAGAAUUUCCUGCAGGGCCAGAUUCCGUUGUCGUUGGCAAAUUGCAUGAUGUUGGAGGUUAUGAACAUUGGGGAAAAUCAAAUACAAGGGACAUUUCCAUGCCAUUUCAAAGCUAUAUCAAGUCUCCGUGUCCUUGUGUUACGAUCCAACAAUUUGCACGGGGAAAUUGGAUGUCCGCAUAGUCCCUGCACUUGGCAGAUGCUUCAAAUCAUUGACCUAUCUUCCAACAAUUUCAGCGGCACGCUGCCUGCUCAAUACCUCAGAACUUGGGAGGCUAUGAAGGCUGAUGUAGACUUCAAUUAUAUCCAAUAUCAAGUCCUUCGCGCUCUUGGACUCUAUUAUCAGGACACGGUAAGCGUCACCAUCAAAGGUCGGCGAGUGGAGCUGGUGAAGAUCUUGACUGUUUUCACUUCAAUCGACUUCUCAUGCAACAACUUCGAAGGUCCAAUACCUGAUACUCUGGGGGCUUUCAAAGCGCUUCAUGCCCUCAACUUAUCAAACAAUGCAAUCUCAGGGUCAAUUCCUUCGUCCCUUGGACACUUGCAACAGCUUGAGUCCUUGGACCUUUCGAGGAACGACCUCAAUGGGACGAUUCCCAGACAGCUUUCAGACCUUAAUUUUCUUUCCUUCCUGAGCCUCUCAUACAAUAAACUUGAGGGAAGCAUCCCAGCUGUCAAACAAUUUCUCACCUUUUCAGCAAGUUCUUUCGAAGGCAAUGCCGGAUUGUGUGGACCACCACUGGAAACAAGUUGCUUUCCGCUCGAGAAAACUUGCUCAAUUGCCACGAACGGGAUGGAAGAAGCGGGUUGUGCUCCAACUAAAAGCGACAUAGAGGACGGCGGUGACAAUGAUGAUAGCGAGAAGAAGUGGUUUUACAUGGGUAUACCGCUUGGAUUCGUGGUUGGCUUCUGGGUAUUUUGUGGUCCGUUAACGUUUAUAAGAUCGUGGAGGUUUGCUUACUAUCGGUUUUGGGAUAAAGUGCUCUUCAAACACUCACGUCCAUGAAAAUUCUGCUGAGGUUCAGUUAUCAAACUUGAAAAAGAGCAUUUGCCUUUGUUCUUCUCUUCAUAAUUCUCCAUCACCUUUAGAAAGACAUUCUGUUCAUUGAUCCGCGUCUAGGGUAUUUACACUUCUGUUGC